AUGCCAAAAAACGAAGUGGUUCUGCAAAUCCAAGAAAAGGAAGAAGCUUUGUAUGCGAAGAAAGAGUCCCAGAUGGAUUCUUCGCCGGAGAUAAGAAACGUAAGCCCAAAACCCAGUAAGCCACCAAAAUUUCCGACAGAGACAAUAAUCAAACGAAGGUCACUGUCAAGGUCGGAAUUCUCGAAGCCAAAAUCGAGAUUAGUGGAACCACAGUAUCAGACUGACCCCAAAUUUCUCGGAGGAAAAACUCAGAUGAUAGGUUAUGAUUCAUCGUCUAAUAGGAAUUCUCCGAAUGUGACUUCACCUAUGAACAAAAAUACAACGACUACUCCAAGGAGUAAUAUCAGUACAGCUCCAGUAACCCCACGAACGCCAUUGAAAGGGAUAGAAGGAGAAGAUGAAGAAGAUGAAGAUGAAGAAGUGUAUAAAACUGCUCAUCUUGAAGUGAGCAAGAGAUCAGGCAAGAAAAAGUUGAAACUAAUGGCUUUAAUUGAAUGGAGUGCUUUUGUUUGCAUCAUGGCUGCUUUGGUAUCGAGCGUGACCAUCCAUAAACUGCAAAAUACGGUGAUUUGGAGUCUGAAUCUAUGGAAAUGGUGCGUUUUACUGUUGGUAAUUAUCUGUGGUAGAAUAAUCACUCAGUGGUUCAUCAACAUUCUGGUUUUCUUGUUCGAGAGGAACUUCAUAUUCAAAAGGAAGGUUCUUUAUUUUGUUUACGGGCUUAAGAAGAGCGUUCAGGCCUUCAUUUGGUUAGCUUUGGUUCUUCUAACAUGGUUUCUUCUGUUCAAUCAUGGAGUUAAAAGAUCCAGAAGAGCCAGAAAAAUUCUGAGUUACAUAACAAGAGCGCUCGCUUCUUGCCUCAUAGGAUCAGCCAUAUGGCUUAUAAAAACUUUACUCAUAAAGCUACUAGCUUCUUCUUUCCAAUGCACCAGAUUCUUCGACAGGAUUCAAGAAUCAAUCAUUCAUCAAUACAUUCUUCAGGUUCUCUCGGGGCCUCCAUUGAUGGAGAUGGCUGAAAUGGUGGGGAGAAGUGCGAGCACUGGUCAGCUCAGUUUCAGGACAUUGAACAAAGAGAAGAAAGCACAGAAAGAAGAAGUCAUUCAUGUGGACAAGUUGAAGAAGAUGAAGCAAGACAAGGUUUCUGCUUGGACAAUGAGAGGGUUAGUUAAUGUGAUAAGGAAUUCUGGGUUGUCCACCAUACCAGACACACUCGAAAGCUUUAAUGACGAGGAAGGAGAGCAGAAAGACAGGGAAAUUAACAGUGAGUGGGAAGCAAAAGCAGCAGCUUAUAGAAUUUUCAAGAAUGUAGCCAAGCCUGGAAAUAAGUACAUUGAAGAGGAAGAUCUCUUGAGAUUCAUGAAAGAAGAAGAGGUGGAGAAUGUGCUUCCUUUGCUUGAAGGAGCUGUGGAAACUGGAAAGAUAAAGAGGAAGUCCCUCAAGAACUGGCUGGUAAAAGUUUACUUGGAGCGCAAGUCACUGGUUCAUUCCUUAAACGACACAAAAACUGCUGUUGACGAACUGAACAAGCUAGCUUCGGUCUUGGUUCUCGUAAUAAUCAUCAUAGUGUGGCUUCUUUUAAUGGGAUUCCUAACAACUAAAGUGCUUCUCUUCAUUUCAUCUCAGCUUUUACUUUCUGCGUUCAUGUUUGGAAACACAGCCAAGACUUUGUUCGAAGCCAUCAUAUUUGUCUUCGUAAUGCACCCUUUUGACGUUGGAGAUCGCUGUGUCAUCGAUGGUGUACAGAUGAUAGUGGAAGAGAUGAAUAUAUUGACGACAGUGUUCUUAAGAUAUGACAACGAGAAGAUAUUCUAUCCAAAUUCAGUUCUAGCCACCAAACCAAUCAGCAAUUUUUACAGAAGCCCAGAAAUGAGUGAUUCAGUUGAAUUUGCUGUUGAUGUUUCUACCUCCAUGGAAACCAUUGGUGCUUUGAAAGCUGGAAUAAAAGCAUACCUGGAGGGCAAGCCUCAGCAUUGGCGAGCUGGGCACAGUGUGGUGGUGAAGAAUAUAGAGAACGUGAACAAGAUGAAUAUGGCACUCUAUGUGACUCACACCAUUAAUUUUCAAAACUAUGGAGAGAAGAGCAGCCGAAGAUCAGAGCUUGUGCUGGAAUUGAAGAAAAUUUUCCAACUUCUUAAUAUUAAUUAUCAUCUUCUUCCUCAAGAUGUUCAUCUCAGUUAUGUGGGACCAGAAGCACCCUCUACCAUCUGGAGAUGAUCCUUUUCCUCAUUAUUUACUUGUUUCUAAUCAUAUGCGAUUCAUUGAGUUCUGCAAACGUUUGAGUUUGAAGAAAUGAUUGCUUUCUUUCUUUCUUUUUAAAUUUACAUGACUCACUCGUGAACUGAAUACGUAUUCACUUGGAUUUCACAACUUCAAUAUAAUAAAUCUCUACA